AUGACAACUUUUGUGAAAGAUAUCAAAGAAAUACCGAAUCUAAAACCUCCACAAGAAACAUUUGUAGACGAUCCAACAACAUUACAAGAAAUAAAUUUAGAUGAUUUAAUAUUUGAUUUACAAAAUGGGUUAAAAACGAUAAAGAAUUUACAUAUUUUACAUAUUAUAUUCAUUUAUUCAGUAUCUUUAAAAUUUAUAAUAAAAUUACAACAAUAUCCUGAAUUAUUUGAAAAAUUUAGAAGUCAACAAUUAAAGAACUUGGGGUUAAAUGAUUUAUCAAUAGAUGAAGAAGAAGAAGAAGAGCAAAUCCCGGGCAAUGAUGAUGAUAUUAAAUUAAAAAAUGAUAGUCUAAAUAAUGAGAUUUUUAACAACUCUAACACUUCAAUUACUUCAUUAUCAACAAAUACCAUAACAGGAACAUCUUCAUCAUCAGAUACAACAUCUGCAACUUCAUCAUCAAGUGAUUUAAAUAUUACCAAUAAAGAAAACACUUCAAGAUUAAAUAAUGAAGAAUUACUAAAAACUUUACAAAGAGAUGAUUUCGAUGAUUGUAAUGAAUCAUUAACUGAAAUAAGACAAUUUGAUAAUAAUUUUGGAGAGAUACUAAUAAACAACAAAGAAAAUAUAUCAAUUUUUGCAGAUGAUGAUAUUGAUGAUAUAAAAUAUAAUAAGACUUAUGACUUUAAUGAAGAUAUGAAAUUAAAACCAGAUUAUAUACCAAUUGAAACACUAAUUAAAACUACAAUUAUACAAACACCAGAAAUUUUAGAACAAGAAAAUACUAAAAGUGAAAUAAUUAAAUUAAAAAAAGAAAUAAUUCAUUCAACAAAUUCAAAAUCAACAAAUAAUUAUAAUCACCUAGUUAAAAUUUUCAAUUUAAUAAAAUUACCAAAUUUAUCAAUCCAAAAUUUCUUAUUAAGAAUAAAUCAAUAUUCAUCAUCAAUAUCAAAAGUUUCUUAUGUACAUUCAUUAUAUUUAAUUUUUAAAUUAACAAUUAUACAAAAUCUCGUAAAAUUAACAUUAAAUAAUUGUUUCAGAUUAGUUAUAGCAAGUUUAAGAACAACAACAAAAAAUUUAGAUGAUAUAUAUCAAAAACAAAAACAAUUUAAAAACGUUGUUGGAUUAAAUUUAAAAGAUUUACUUAGGUGUGAAAUUGGUUUUUGUUAUUUAAUUAAUUUUAAUUUUGGUUUAACUUUUGCAUUUGAAAAAAAUUUGAAAAAUUUUUUAAAUGUUGAAUUUGUAAAUCUUAUUCAAUUUUUCAAAAUUGAAUUGAAUGAAUAUUAUAUUGAGGUUUUAAAUGAAUUUAAAAAUUAA